AUGAAGUUUAUGUAUGAAGGGAUUCCUUAUCUGAAUAAAGACCAAGAAUCAGAGUUAAGACAACAACUACACAUACAGCCAUCUCUAAUAACGAAUGAUGUAGAUAACAAACUACUGAGAAUGUAUUCAUCAAUAAUUAGUGAGUGGGUGCAGAAUGCCAACGAGAAUGAAGAAUUAAUCGUACAGGGAUCAGAAGCAUUACAAGCGUUUUAUAGCUCACUGAAAAUAGAAGCCAUUUUAAGAAGACAGAUGCGAGACAUAUGGACCAGUACUAAUGAUCUAGGACAGAUAGUUGUGAAGAAAGUAUCAAAUAUAGUAAGAAAAGAAUUAGAAAAAUCUGAAGGUUUUUUGGAAGAAAGGAUACUGGAUAAACUUUUAGGAUUUUCAAAAGUAAUUGGAACUUUAAUUGAAACUAAAAAGCCUAUUAUUGGUCAUAAUAUGCUGCUAGAUCUGCUGUUUAUAUAUCAACAGUUUUAUAGAGAGUUACCAGAUUCCUACACUGAGUUCAAAAAAGAAUUAAACUUGAUUUUACCAACUGUUUUUGAUACCAAAUUUAUUGCAAAUGAACUAAGAAAGAAACUUAAAGAUUGUCCAUUUUUUAAUGACACUUGUCUAGAGGAUCUGUAUUUCUCACUAGACAGUAAAAAACCUGGUGAGAACACUGGAUGCCAAUCUUAUUUAAGAGUGAAAAACACAACAAAAGAAGUGAACAAAAAACCUGCUACUCAUAGAAGAAGAAUAAAAAAAAGUUAUUCCACAGAUAAGCCAAAUUACAUCUGGGCAAAAGCUGUUCUGCUGAACCAAAUGAGGCCUGGAGUGGUCAUCAAGAAAAAAAGGAUCAAAGGAUUGAGAGAGAUUCAACCACAGGGAUUUGUUGCGUAUCUUCACACAUUCAAACAGUUUAAGAACUGUAUCAAUUUAUCCAGAGCCACAAUACACUGUCUGAAUUUGAAUGGCCCAGACCCAAGAUCUGUAAGACCAGAGUGGUUAUAUAUAGAAUUAAAAGAUUCCAACAUACUGGCUUGUAAUACACAGUUAGCUAAUGUGUUUGGUGCGUAUGGAUCUGUAGAUGUAAAGUUAUUGGAUAAGAAACAUGCCAUAUUGGCUGUGGCCACUCACAGAGGUUCCAAGGACAUUUUGAAAGCUUUUCACAAGCAUAAGUCUUUCAGAGUUGUCAAGUAUAAUGUAUUAAAGCAUUCACCCAGAGUAAGACUUGUUCUAUGGAGUGGUGUUGCCAUGACAGCAGUUGUGUGUAUAUGGACAAUUUUCUCAUCCCAGAGGCAAUAG